AUGUUUUUGUUUUGUGCGUACGCAAGGACUUUAUAUAAUGAUCGGCAAACGAAGCCUAAAACAAACUUUGACGAGCAUAAUAAAGAACACUGGAGGAUUCAAGCACAAUGGAUACUAAGAGAUAAGGUAUCCAGUUCUCUGAACAAAAAGGUCGCCAAGAACGUCAUUUUGUUCCUGGGGGAUGGCAUGAGCAUUACAACCCUCGCGGCAACAAGGGUCUACCUCGGCCAGAAGUAUGGAUUCAUGGGUGAAGAACUGAAGCUAAGCUUCGAGGCUUUCCCUUAUACAGGUUUAGCGAAAACUUACUGCGUGGACAAUAACGUGGCAGAUUCCGCUUGCAGUGGUACCGCGUAUUUAACAGGGGUCAAAGCCAACAGCGGUACUGUCGGCCUCAGCGGCGCCGUGCAGCGUGGCGAUUGCAACGGGCAGAAAGAGGGCAUACAUUCCGUGACCGGUCUGAUAGAUUGGGCACAGAAGGCUGGAAAAGCAACUGGUGUGGUGACCACGACGAGAGUUACCCACGCCACCCCAGCUGCGUCUUACGCGCAUUCAGCAGACAGAACAUGGGAAGCUGACAGCGACACGCCGGAAGGUUCAGCCUGUGAGGACAUAGCUCAGCAGUUGGUUCGAGGCCGAGUUGGAAGACGGAUAAAUGUUGUGAUGGGAGGCGGUCGAAAAAAUUUUCUAUCUCACAAAAUGAAGGAUGAUGACGGCUACCCUGGACAUCGGAGCGACGACCUAGACCUGAUAAAAGAAUGGUAUCAAAACAAGAAGUCCAUCGGGGCUUCCCCGAUAUACGUGCAGAAGAAAUCGCAACUUCAAUCGGUCAACUUGAAAGAAUACGACAGUUUGCUUGGUCUAUUCGCCUAUGAUCAUAUGCCGUACCAUCUAGAGGCUGGUGACGACGUGCCGGCUUUGAGUGAAAUGACCCAGAAGGCCAUACAGAUGCUGUCGACCAAUAAGAACGGUUUCUUCCUAUUUGUCGAAGGUGGACGAAUCGAUACCGCUCAUCACGAGACGAAAGCACGCAAGGCGUUGGAUGAAACGGCGGAACUUGCCAAGGCAGUGGAGGCGGCCUUAAAGAUGGUGGACCCCGAAGAGACGCUCAUCAUUGUGACGUCAGACCACAGCCACACUAUGACGUACAGCGGUUACAGCAAAAGGGGCACAGACAUUCUGGGAUUCACUAAUAAAAUGAAUGCGUCUGAUAAUCUGCCAUACACGACACUAAGCUACGCAAACGGACCAGGCUACAAGCCCCACGAAGAGUUCCAGAGGCAUAACCUGUUAUUGGAUAACAUGAAUAUAAAAGGACGCUGUAAGGGGCCCUGGUCCCAUCUCUUCACGGGGAACUACGAGCAAAACUUCAUACCGCACGCCAUAGCUUUCGCCGCGUGCAUCGGCCCGGGAUAUACAACAUGUAAACAA